UCGGAUCACAUGAUUUUAAGUGCAUUAUGUGUUUAUGAUGAUGAUGAUAUUCGCUGAUUUAGUUUCAAAAAUUAUCAAUUCGGAAACGAUAAAGAAAUAAUGUCUGUUGUAAUCGAAACGACAAUCGGCGAUAUAACAGUCGAUCUAUAUAUCGAACAACGUCCUAUGACAUCCAAAAAUUUUCUCAAACUUUGCCAAAUGAAAUAUUAUAACAAUUGUGCAUUCCAUUUUGUUCAACGUGAUUUUAUCGCACAAACAGGAGAUCCAUCCGGUACCGGUACUGGUGGCCAAUCUGUUUAUUCAUUAGUUAGUGGUUCGGACCAACAAUCACGAUUUAUAGAAGCGGAAAAGAAACCAAAACUGAAACAUGAUCGUCUUGGCCUCAUAUCCAUGGUGAAUAACGGUGAAAAUUUACAUGGAUCACAAUUUUUUUUCACACUUUGCGACUCAUUGAAUUAUCUGGAUAAUGUUCAUACUGUUUUCGGCGAAAUUACCGAAGGUAAUGAUGUGCUAGUAAAAUUGAAUGAUACAAUCUGUGAUGAUAAUCAUCGACCUUAUCAGGAUAUAAUGAUCACUCAUACAGUAAUUCUUGAUGACCCUUUUCCUGAUAUUGCUGGUUUAAACAUACCAUCAGAAUCACCGAGAACUAACCUUGAAGAAUUGAUUAAUUCUGAUCGAAUCGGAAUCUGUGAAGAGGUAGUGGAAGAUGGUAAAACUACAGAAGAAGUUGAAGAAGAAUUAAGAGAUAAAGAAGCAAAACAACGUGCUCUGGUUUUGGAAAUGAUCGGUGAUAUACCAGAUGCAGAUAUUAAACCACCGGAAAAUGUUCUUUUUGUUUGUAAAUUAAAUCCAGUUACCAGGGAAGAAGAUCUUGAAAUUAUAUUUUCAAGAUUCGGAAAAAUUCUAAGCUGUGAAAUAAUCAAAGAUCAGAAAACGGAUGAAUCGCUGCAGUACGGAUUUAUUGAAUUUGACCGUAAAGAAGAUUGUGAAAAAGCUUAUUUCAAAAUGGACAAUGUUCUGAUUGAUGACCGUCGAAUUCAUGUCGAUUUUAGUCAAUCUGUUUCCAAAAUAAAAUGGCGAGGGAAAGGUCGUGGUGUCACUUUUAUAGAUGAUGAGGAGAACCAUUGUCAAAGUCGAAAUCAAGCCAAGUCGUUGCAGUAUGUACAUUCAUUGACAUCAAAAAUGAUAAAAGAAGCCAUCAAAAUUAUCAAUCGCGUUAUAAGGAGCCGAUAAACGAUAAACGAAAUCAAAGGGAUCAUCGAGAAGAUUCAAGAAAACGAAGACGAGAUGAUCAUCAUAGAGAUUCUAUGAGAGAUAGUAAAAACGUCCGGAAACAUUCAUCUGGUCAACAUCGAUACUAUCGCGAUUAUGAUGAUGAUGAUGAUUAUCGUAAACGUUGCCAUCAUCAUCGAUCAUAGAAUAAUUUUUUUUUAUAAUAUAAAUUGAGUCUAAAUUAAACUUGUAUAUAUGGAGAUUUUUUAUGAUCAUGAAAUUCCUAAAUGAGUGGUGAGAUUCAUUACAGAUAAUACAAAAUCAUUUUCUUAGAUGAGAGGGCAAAAUGUAAAAUAAACUAAACUUUUAUAUUA